AUGGAAGAUGGUCGCAUCUCAGAUGCAAGCAUCACAGCGUCGUCAGUGCUCUUCAACUCGGCCAAGUACCUACCCACCAGGGCUCGGCUUGAAACUUUGGCUGGUGCCUGGUGUAAUAAUGGAUCUAGUGACGCCAAUCCAUGGAUCCAAGUCGACCUUGGUUCCCAUGUCACCAUCACUGGCGUUAUCACGCAGGGGCAUGGGGAGGGCUACACUCAAUGGGUGACAGAGUUCAAAGUGGCCUACAGCGACGAUGGCCAAGAAUGGACUGACGUCACCGAUGAUGGAUCAAGUACACCGAAGAAGUUCCCUCGAAACUCGGACGGAGACACCCACGUGACCACUACUUUCCCAGGGGCUUUCCAGGCCAGGUUCCUGCGUAUCCUGCCGACUCAGUGGAACGUAUACUGCUGUAUGCGAUUUGAAGUCCUCGGCUGCACAAAUAAUGAGUAA